CACACAGGAGAGAAGCCUCAUUCUUGUCCUGAGUGUGGGAAAUGUUUUUCACAGAAGUCCCAUCUUUACAAACAUCAGAGAACUCACACGGGGGAGAAGCCGUAUUCUUGUCCUGAGUGCCAGAAAUGCUUUUCAGUGAAGUCUAAUCUUUACAAACAUCAGAGGUCUCACAGAGGGGAAAAGCCGUAUUCCUGUCCUGAGUGCGGGAAAUGCUUUUCAGUGAAGUCCAAUUUUUUCAUACAUCAGAGAUUACACACGGGGGAGAAGCCGUAUUCCUGUCCUGAUUGCGGGAAAUGUUUUUCACAGAAGUACGAGCUUAACACUCAUCAGAUACUGCACACCGGGGAAAAGCCGUAUUCCUGUCCUGAGUGUGGGAAAUUUUUUUCUGAUAAGUCCAAUCUUUACAAACAUCAGAGAUCUCACACGGGAGAGAAACCAUAUUCCUGUCCUGAGUGCGGGAAAUGUUUUUCACAAAUGUCCAGUCUUUACAUACAUUGGAGAUCUCACACAGGUGAAAAGCCGUAUUCCUGUCCUGAGUGUGGGAAAUGUUUUUCACAGAAGGACCAUCUUUCCAAACAUCAGAGAUAUCACACGGGGGAGAAGCCGUAUUCCUGUCCUGAGUGCGGGAAA